ACUGCUGUCGUCACUCGUCUGUCGUCCAUCCCAUGUAAAUCGGUUGUGAAUUGUAAUCGGCUGCGGAUUGUAGUUGUGGGUUGCCGAAUCCGCUUGUUUUGUUAAUCUUGUAAAGCAUAGCAUAUGAAUAAUUUAAGUAUUCUUAUUAAUUCACGGGCUACUUUAUAGUAAGGUCAAAUUGAUUUAAAAAGGAAGUGGACUUAUUUAAAUAUGUCGAGUGAUACGGCGAAGAAUUUUUCAAACCUUGAGACUCCUGGGUAUGUUGGAUUUGCCAAUUUGCCUAAUCAGGUCCAUCGGAAAUCUGUAAAAAAAGGUUUUGAGUUCACACUGAUGGUUGUAGGGGAGAGUGGGUUGGGAAAAUCAACUCUUGUGAACUCUCUGUUUUUAACUGACCUAUAUCCCGAGAGAGUUAUUCCAGAUGCUACAGAGAAAUUGAAUCAGACUGUAAAACUUGAUGCAUCUACAGUUGAGAUUGAAGAGCGUGGUGUGAAACUGCGAUUGACUGUUGUUGAUACUCCAGGAUAUGGAGAUGCCAUUGAUAAUACAGACUGCUUCAAAUCAAUUAUACAAUACAUUGAUGAGCAAUUUGAGAGGUUCCUUCGUGAUGAGAGCGGUCUCAAUCGACGUAACAUUGUAGACAACAGAAUUCAUUGUUGUUUCUACUUUAUAUCUCCAUUCGGACAUGGACUGAAACCGUUGGACAUUGAAUUUAUGAAACAAUUGCAUAACAAGGUGAACAUUGUACCCGUGAUUGCAAAGGCAGAUUGUCUUACUAAGAAAGAAGUUCAGAGGCUUAAGUCCAGGGUGAUGGAGGAAAUAGAAAGAGAGGGUAUUAAGAUAUAUCCUUUGCCAGAUUGCGAUAGCGAUGAAGAUGAAGAUUACAAAGAGCAGGUUCGUCAGCUUAAAGCGGCUGUUCCGUUCGCUGUAUGCGGCGCUGGACAGCAACUGGAAGUACGCGGACGCCGUGUUAGAGGCCGUCUCUACCCGUGGGGCGUGGUCGAAGUUGAGAACCCGGAACAUUGCGACUUCAUCAAACUACGGACUAUGCUUAUAACCCAUAUGCAAGACUUGCAAGAAGUAACUCAAGAGGUUCAUUACGAGAACUAUCGCUCAGAGAGGUUGGCCAGGAACGGACAAGUACCAAAAAGACAUACAUCAACCGAGAGUGGACUUAGCGACAACUCAAACGACUUGGCAAAUGGUUCAACUGAUGAUGGUUCUGGACGCGACAAAGUACUCCGUGAAAAGGAAGCGGAGUUGCGUCGAAUGCAAGAGAUGCUUGAUCAAAUGCAGCGUCAAAUGCAACUGCAAGCUGCCAGUACGACAACUGCAUAGUGCACGCUCCACGCACAGUUGGACAAUGGUAUGGCUGUCCGGCUGAUUGAUUCGUGUGACGUCGUCAAUUCAAUAUUACGCGCCAUCCCGUACUGUGUAACCUCCACUUAACUUUGAAUAUAAAUCAAUAAAUAUAUUAGAGAUUUAUAGAUAAGCGAGGUUAGAAUGCCAAAAAUAUAUUAUAUACGACUUCUUUUUCUACUCUUUAAAAACGCAUCAACAAAUUAAUAUGAUUUUUGAAAAAAAAAAUUUAUGUAAACUUUGAUGAUGACUAUAUAAAAGUUAUAAUUAUUAUAAAUAAUAGUCAUUCUUCACAUACAAAUUAUGAUUUCAUAUUAGAAUGAAACAAGAAACAUAAUUCAAUUGAAAAAGGAAUAAUUUUCUACGGAAAGUUAAGGAGCGUUCAAUUACGUCACGCAAUUUUUGGAGAUUAUUGAUCCCCCCCAUAUUACAUGCACGUUUCGUGACCACCUAGUGACUCUUUAACCUAAAAGUUUACCAUUAUAUGGUGUAAAGUACUGUAAUGUCGAAAAUAAUAUUAACAAUAACGCGUAAUUCAAUCCCCGCCCCGUAUCGUAACGUUUUACAAAUGGACCCCCCAAAAUUCGCACGUAAUUCUUGAACACUCCCGUACCUUACUUACACUUAUAAACUUUAUUUACAUACAUAUAAUUUUGUUAUUCUAGCCUCAAAAAUAGGUUCCUAAUUAUAAGAAAUUAUAUUGCACCUUUGUGUUUAUACGUAUUAAAUAGUGUAUUACAUACUUUAGAUUAAGGUUUUAUUAGCGACAGACGACGUCUGGUUUCUUAAUGUCAUGUAAAAACAGAUUUAAUUUUACAGGAAAUAUUUGAUCUGACUCCGAAGAAUUUUCUCGAAAUGUUUUUAUUCUCAUUUUAGUGCCAUCUAUCUAUCUCAGUAUGAUUUAUUCAAGUAUUAUUUUAUUGUAUUUUAACUAUUUGACUGAAUGUGUGUAUUGUCCCAGAUUAUUUCUAAAUUUUACGUGUCGUUCAACGUGUCACGCUUAAAGAGAAUUGAGAAGUCUGAAUGAUUUUUUUUUUUGGGAUCUAAUUGUAGGUACUUAACUUUUGGCGAAUAAUGUGACACAGAGCAGGCAUAGUAUAAUAUUUGUAUUCUACAUUAGUAAUAUUUUAGGAUUAUUAAUAGUUUUCCAUGUGGUGCAUUUAUAGAACUUAGGACUUGACUCUGUUUAUCAUUUAUUAAGAACAACGUCAAGAAAAAUGACCCUAUUCUAAUUAAUUCGUAAUUUAGUCGCAUCUCGUCUUGGGUGGUGUCAAACAUGUCAAAUUUCAUGGAGAAAAAAUAGAGUCACUUGAAAACUAGAGCUCUUGAAUUUCGAGAUUGACGUUGUUGAAUACGGCCUGAAUACUUGACUUUGUACAUUGAUAUACACACCUUGAUAGGGCCAAUAGUGGCCAUGGUAUAGCCUCUGAUGUUUGUUAAUGCUGUUUUAUAUAAUAUGAUCUAUAGACUUAUACAUAGAGAAUGUUCAGAUAAAUCUUAGACGUAAUUGGUGCCAAAGUUAUAAAAUUCUUAGAUCGAUGAAUAUCAACGAAAAAUUAAUGUCACAAUACAUAACAAUAUAGUAAAAAUUGUAAUGAUUAUUAAUAAUGAAAUAUAAUGUAAAACUACGUAUGUAAUCAUAUUUUUUAUAGUAAAAAUAUAUUGAAAA